AUGCAUGAAAUACUGUUGCAUGAAGACACGUCAAACGUAGAAAUUAAGUUGGAGCCAGAUGGAAUAGGAAUAACGCAUAUGCCAGGUGUUCCCGUGAAGCCUAUCGAGAUGGCACUUAGAAAAUUAUAUCAUGACGUUGAAUUCAGCAAAUGUCUACGACUUUCUUCUUUGAAUGCACGCUGCACGGCAUCCCAGGAACUCUACCUCACUGCAGUGCAGUAUGCUCUGCUUCACGAAACCAAGCUAGCAGUACUGCGAAGUGCUGGGCUUUGUGAUAUUUUUAUGGAUCAUGGAGGUCGUGUUUGCUUAUAUGGAUGUGUAGAAAGUGUAAUAGAAGGACACAUGGCAAUCAAGAGAAUGUUCAUGGAACAGGGUCUUGGCGAACCCGGGACAAGGCCGUCUUCAGCACUUGGAAUUGCUCAUGAUUCAAAUAAUAACCAAAUUUCAAGCAUUGCGAACGACACCUUAACGUCGGAGAAGAAACCAGUGAUUGAGGAAUGGAAUCCGGAUACAUCACGUUUGCCGCCACCAAUGCCGACCGGUACAGAUCUUCAGACGACUGAACACACCAAUUCUCAGUCAUCAACGAGUGGUCGAGGAAAUUCAAUUAAUCAGUCGUGCUCGUUCAAUUCUGUAGCGAAUGCAUCAUGUCGUCUGUCACCUGGAUCGGUAUCGUCAACACCAUCGGCAGCUGUAGUUGUUGAAGACCAGCAUAAAACUCUUAUAGAAGAGCAACCACGUAAAAGUAUAAAGUUCUUUGUGAGUCUAUCAGAUGCUCCUCGCCUCAUUGGAACUCGCGGUACGAACAAGCGACGCAUCGAACAAAUUACUGGUUGCACGAUUGUGGGGAAUAAAGUUCUGAAAGAA